UGCGUCGCUUCCGUCUGGCAACUCUACGCAAAUUGGCAGAACUAUUUCGUUUCGGCCUCACCUGCUUAUUUUUAGAAUUUAACUAAAAUUGUAUAAAAUUCUCGUAUGUUCAAGCAACUAAAUGUUUGAGGUGGAGCUUGCCGUGCAUAUUUUAUACUUAUCGUCGCAGUAAAUCAAAUAAUACACCAACAGCAAAUAUCAGGCACCCAACCCCCAGCAUAAAGAACAACAACCACAACCCAAUAGCCACAGCAAUUUCUGACGCCGAAAAUGGCUGAGGCUAUGGUUGUCGAGGAGCGCCCCGCAGUGCCGAAACGUUUCUUCUGUCACAUGUGCAAUGUGGAGAUCAACAUUCCAAAUGCCGACUACACUUGUCCACUGUGUGCGAAUGGCUUUGUUGAAGAGCUGCCCGCUCGAGAGCUGACCACGUCUGCAUCCACCAGUGGCAGUGGCAGCAGUCUAAGCGGAAGCGGAUCGACCAACGGCUCUUCGAGCAGCACCAGCACUAAUAGCAGUGGUAGCAGUGUUGGUGGUAUUGGUGCUCAUUUAAAUGUCGAGUCGCUGCGCAAUGACAUAGUAUCGUUGCUUAAUAUGCGAAAUGUACCCAAUUUGGAGAUAACCAUCGAACCAAAUCGACGGCACAGUAACGUUGUCCACUUGCCGCUGGGGCCAUCGGGUAGUAGUGCCAGUGCUAGUGGCGGUGGCUCAGUUGGUGGUGGUAGCGCUGGUGGUGCAAGGAGGCCCCACCACUUGGAUCGUUUAGACAAUGUUCUGUUUGACUUCUUGCAGAGCUUGCCCUUGAGUGGAGCUACAGCGGAAAUAGUAACCGGACCUGGCGCAGGUACUGGGAAUUCGCACAUGUUUUUUAUGGGAAAUCCCGGGGACUAUGCGUGGGGACGCGAAGGUCUAGACACCAUUGUCACGCAAAUGCUCAAUCAAAUGGAGACCUCUGGACCGCCGCCGUUAUCCGUACAGCGAAUCAAUGAUAUACCAAAUGUUAAAGUCACCGCCGAGGAAGUGGAACGUAAGAUGCAGUGCUCGAUUUGCUGGGAUGAUUUUAAGCUAGAUGAGACAGUGCGCAAACUGCCUUGCUCGCAUCUAUAUCAUGAAAACUGCAUUGUGCCAUGGCUGAAUCUGCACAGCACCUGUCCCAUUUGCCGAAAAUCUUUGGCCGAGGACGAUCCCAAUGAGGACUAUGUGGAAAUGGAAGACCUAAGCGGGGAAAACGGCGGCGAUACAUUGCACGGCACUUCAAGCUCCAAUUCAAUGGUAACAGCAACCGCAACAGCCCCAAGACACACCAGCUCUUCUAGUCAGACAGCGGCGCAAACGGUUACCCAACAACAACAACAGCAACAACAACAACGUAAUAACGUGUUUACCUUCGAUGACGACAAUAUUUUUCUGGACUAAACAGAUUUCACACUCACGAUACUCGCACACUCCUAAUACAUGCAGAAGCGUCCUAUUUGCGGGCUCCAUUAUCCAAAAUUAUGCCAAGUGUUGAUUCUUUACAAAAGAAGUCAUAAAGGCACACACAAACACACACUCAUACACCGUAGAAACCACAGAUAAAGAUAGGUGAGAUAGAGCGGCAGUAACAAUUUAAUACACCUACACACAUAAAGUCAGGAUUAAUUAUUUAAUCAAUUAAUACAUAAUUUUCCAAGUUACUUUGAACACUUUAACGUUUGUUGCUGUUUGCUAACUUCAAGUUAUGGAAUGAAAGGAGUAGUACGGGCAUACAGUUUUGUAAAAAGAACAACACAAUGGAAGGAGUUUGACGUGAAAAAUAAAAGUGGGGUGCAUCUUUUUGAAAAGUAGCAAACGAAAUUGAGAGUUAUUUAUACAUAUGUAAGCUUCAAUUGUAUUUAUUGUACUAAAAUGUAUGCAUAAUACUUGAAUAUACAUAUGCCUAUUAUAUAAAUUCAAAUUAUUGUAAUAGCUAUAAGGUUAAACAUUAUAGCGCUUACAAUUCAUAUGCUGUAUUUAAUGCAUAAUACAAAAGUAAUCAGAAUUUCAAACUGCAUAGUAAUGUAAAACAAAAGUGAGCUAAUUUGUAAGGCACACAGAGUCUGUGAAAUCGAGCAAACACAAAAAUUCUUGAAUAAAACAGUGUAAAAUUGCCAAA